AUGCCACCGAAGCCAGUAACCCCAGAGGCCCCGAGCCGUGCCGCCGCCGCCCCCAAGAAGAAAGCCGACACGCCAAAGGAUCCAACUUCUAGUCAGCCCGCCAAGAAGAAGCUCAAGUUUGCUCGGAAACGCAAAAACGACGGCAAUGACGAUAUUCUCGCUCCCGGAACGGAUCCGAAAACCUUCGUACAAUUACACAAAGGCGAAGGCCAGGUCGGCUCCUACGCCAUGUUCGGCCGCCGGGACGAGUUCCGCAGGUUCAUCCUGUCCAGCCUAGUGCUGAAUGCUAUACCAAUUCUUACACCGACCGCGGAGCAAUCCAAACAGGUUGAGAGGGCUGCGUCCGGGCAAUGGCCGUUCGACCAGGAGCAGGAGAAGAAGGUUGUCAGCGCGUUCACGGCCCUGACAGGAAAGCAAGUACCGGCUUUUGACCGUUCGGACGUGAGCGUGAAGAGCUUCGGUCCCUACCUCAAGUACGGCGAGAGUGACUUGGAGCCAUACAGCCGCGCGUUCAACGUCAUUAUGUCUUGA